CUUGCAAUCCAAGAAUUCCCACCAAUAAAACUGGAUCGGAACAUUUUUAAGUAUUUUUACUGCCUACAUUUCUUCGGAUCACGGAAGAAUCAUGUGCUAUGAUUCAUUGUUUAUUCACCACUUGAGUUUGUUGACCAUUUUAAAGUAUUCUAUAAUACAUUAAUUCCACUCGUCAAUUGAGUACUAUUUUUCAUUCCAUUUUGAAUGAAAAAAUCCAAUUGCAUUUCAUCAACAUCAAUACUUCACAUAGGCAGGCUAAUGAAGCAAACUACGCCUUCUCGUCCUUUCUUUUCUGGGAUCUUGACUAGUUCGUCUACAGACCAAAAAGAAAAAAGAUCUGCAAUUUAAGCCGGAUAUCAUUGUUUUUUAUGUAUUCGUGAUUCUAAGACAACUUGAAUUGGUUAUGCAUCAACUAUAUUUGGUCAUAAUUUCAAACAUCGUGUCGUGACAACCUGCAGAACAAUGUUUAAUUUUUAAAUUUUUUUUUGUCAUCACGAGAAGAGAGUUCUCAAUGGGGAGAUCAUGUCUUCACAAAUGCAAACCUAUGAGAGUAAUGGGUUGGCUACAAAUUAUCUUGGGAGGAUUGGUAAUCUUAGUAAGUUUAUUGAGCCUAACUAGAUUCUACUAUGCUGGAUUUUUUCUUCAAAAUGAUGACAUAUGCAAAUAUUUGUAUACUAUAAAUGAUAUACAUGAGGGUGGUUUUGAUGCCAAAGCACUUUCUGAUAGAGUUGGAGAAGUAUUAGAUAUGUUGGAAACUUUGCAAGGUAAGCUUGAGUCAAAAUCACAAGAAUUGGAGAAAAACAAGGGCAUAACCUUAAACAACAAGUUUUUAGAGGAGGAAAUAGUUAGGCCUCUUCAUAGAGCUAAUGUUGCUUUGAGACAGAUUAGGCUUCCAAAGAUUGAAGGUAACAACUCCAUAGUAAAAGAAGAUCCUUUGAUUAAUUUUUUUGUCACUGAGGAGAUAAGAAAGUACAUAACCCCAAAGGAGAAUAGGGUUGGUAAGAUUAAUCUAUAUGGGUCAGACAAGGUUUACAACACAAUAGGACAUUCAUGUGUUUUGCAUAAGAAAGAGGUAGAAAAGUACAUGGACUAUGACAUUGGUUCCUAUUGUGAUGAUGAUUGGAAUUUAGCCCAAAAGCUUAUGCUUAAUGGUUGUGAUCCUUUGCCUAGAAGAAGGUGUUUAACAAGGGCUUCAAAAGUUUACAAUAAACCUUAUCCUAUCAAUGAGUCACUAUGGAGAUUACCAGAUGAAAGAAAUGUGAGGUGGGGGAAUUACCAAUGUAGGAAUUUUGAUUGCUUAUCAAGCAAGAAUCCAAAAAGGGGUUACUCAAAAUGUACAGGAUGUUUUGAAAUGGAAAAGGAAAAGGUGAAAUGGGUUUCUAAUAGUUCACUUUUUGCAGAGUUUUUGAUCAUUGAUGUUUUGAAAAUUAAGCCUGGUGAGAUAAGGAUUGGACUAGACUAUGGAAUUGGAACUGGCACAUUUGCUGCAAGGAUGAGGGAAAAUAAUGUAACAAUUGUAUCAACUGCUUUGAACCUUGGUGCUCCUUUUAAUGAAAUGAUAGCUCUAAGGGGUUUGAUUCCUUUAUAUGUUACAUUAAAUCAAAGGCUUCCAUUCUUUGAUAACAUUAUGGAUUUGAUUCAUACCACUGGAUUUAUGGAUGGUUGGAUUGAUUUGCUAUUGUUAGACUUUAUAUUGUAUGAUUGGGAUAGAAUUCUAAGACCAGGUGGUUUACUAUGGAUAGAUAAGUUCUUUUGUAAUAGAAAGGAUUUGGAUGACUAUAUGUAUAUGUUUCUUCAACUUAGGUACAAGAAACACAAGUGGGUUAUUUCACAGAAGUCAAAGGAUGAAGUAUAUCUAUCUGCAUUGCUGGAAAAACCUCCCAGAGCCAUAUGAACAUAAUCAAAUUUAUGUUUCUUUUUAUUCUAUAUCUAUCAUUUUAUUAAUCAAAUUUAUGUUUCUUUUCAUUCUAUAUCUAUCAUUUUAUUAAUGUACUGAUUCGAAGUUAUAAUUUCGUAUCUUACAUCAAUAAUAUUACGAUUAAUUGGUCCCUUCA